CGAAAAGAAGAAAAGAUUAAUCACAGACAAUGUAAAUUCUGAUUGCGAAAAGAAGAAACGAGUAAAUCGAGAGGUCGGAAAGAAAAAGAGUAAAUCAAAAAAGGCGGAAGGAAAAGAAAAAAUCAAAUAG